AUGGCAAUAUCAAUGGGCGAUGCAUUGAGCAAUUCAUUCAGUAUUCCAGAGCAAGACUACGUUCACUGUUUAUGUCAUCCAGAAUAUUGUGUUUUAGAUUUCAGCGGAUCUCAGGAUUCAUCAAAUAACGACUCACUCAGUUCUGAGUUUCCUGUUUAUGACGAUGUGUCCUUUCAGGAAUUGUUUGAUCAGUUAUGCUUAACCAGCCGAGAGCCUUAUGAAAUUGUUUCAUACGAAGGUAGAGUCGCGUUAAUCAUUGUAUACACAUUAACGAUUGUUCUAACGUUAGCUGGAAAUAUUACAGUCCUAUUCGUGUUGGCGUUUCGUGGCCUCAAGAAGACAGAGCUCAAUAAAUAUCUGAUUAAUUUAGCAGUCUCCGAUCUUUGUGUGGCGAUAUUUUGUAUGCCGUUUUCCUUCGUGCAGGCGAUGCUUCGAAGAUGGAUUUUCAGCCCAUUUAUGUGUCCAUUGAUGUAUUUUGUUCAACAGGUAUCUGUUUUUGUAAGCAUCUCGACACUGACAGUCGUUGGAAUUGGUAGAUGUAUAGCGGUUAGAAAGCCAAUAGAAUCUCGAAUGUCAAAGUCAAAAUCUAAAUACGUUAUACCGUCAUUAUGGCUGAUGUCGAUGGGUUUGGGAAGUGUACAGUUAAUAAAAGCAAGAGCAGUGUUACAGGAUGAAGUGACUGGCGACCAAUUCUACCAAUGUGAUGAGUGGUGGGAUGAGCCUAAAGAUGCUUUUGUAUAUGAGAUAUUUAUCAUAGUUGCAGCUUAUUUUAUACCUCUUGUAAUCUUAUGUGGUACUUACUGUGUAACUGGUAACAUCAUUUGGAAAAGACAGACCCUGAGCGAGGAAAAAAAAGAUUCUAUUUCUGUCAAAUCGAAAAAGAAGGUAACCAGAAUGUUGGUAGUAGUGGUUUCUGCAUUCGCUUUUUGCUGGUUGCCACUCAACUUGUUCAACAUCAUAACAAUGGCAAACACAGAAUAUCUAGAUAACACCGACUACCACCAAACCACGGUCACGUUGUAUUUAUUCUCACACUGGCUAGCAAUGUCUAACAGCUUUCUGAAUCCCAUUAUUUAUACAUUUCUCAACGACAGUUUUCGGGCCGAGUUAAAUCUUGUAUUUACUGGUGUAAGGCGACGGCAAAUCUCAUCAAGUGUGACGCAUAAACUGUCAUUAUCUGGUCUUUCAAAGUCACGUAGAUCAUUCUCUGGUAACAAGCAAUUAUCCAUCCCUACUGCUGAUGCGAAGAAGAUUAUCAUUCCAUUGGAAACCGAAUGA